CGCGAGCCCCGUGCCGCGGCCGGCCAAGACGGCGCCUCCCGAUUGGCCCCUCGGCUGCCCGGCAACGGCGGGGUCGGCGGUCGCCAUGUCGGCGCGGACGCUGCCGCUGCUGUUCCUCAACCUGGGCGGGGAGAUGCUGUACAUCCUGGACCAGCGCCUCCGCGCCCAGAGCAUCCCCGGGGAGAAGGCCCGCAAAGAUGAAUGGACAGAUGUGGACAGGAAACGAGUUAUGAAUGACAUCAUCACAACCAUGUUCAAUAAAAAAUUUAUGGAAGAGCUGUUUAAACCACAGGAACUCUAUUCCAAGAAAGCUCUGCGAACAGUGUACGACCGGCUCGCUCAUGCUUCGAUCAUGAGGCUGAACCAGGCAAGCAUGGACAAGCUGUACGACCUUAUGACUAUGGCUUUCAAAUACCAAGUGCUGCUGUGCCCUCGGCCCAAAGACAUUCUGCUAGUCACAUUCAAUCACCUGGACGCGAUCAAGGAUUUCGUACGUGAUUCUCCUGGCAUUCUGAACCAGGUGGACGAAACUUUCCGACAGCUGAUUGAAACGUACAGCUGUCUCUCUGCGGGUGAAUUUCAGCUCAUCAGGCAAACACUUCUCAUUUUUUUUCAGGACAUGCACAUAAGGGUCUCUAUCUUUCUGAAGGAUAAAGUGCAAAACUCUAAUGGUCACUUUGUGCUGCCAAUAUCAGGGUCUGUUCCUUGGGGUACCGAAGUUCCAGGGCUCAUCAGGAUGUUUAAUCGCAAUGGAGAUGAAGUUAAAAGAACUGAGUUUACCACUGAUGGAAAUUAUGUUACUCCACAAAGGGAAGGAUCUUUUGAUCUUUAUGGAGACAGAGUCCUCAAACUUGGAACAAAUAUGUACAGUGUUAGUCGGCCAGUAGAGACACACACGUCAGGAUCAUCCAAAAACUUGGCAUCCCAUGCAAAGGAGAAUAUAACCCCUAACCCUCUUGCUAAAGAAGAACUGAACUUUUUGGCUAGGCUGCUGGGAGGUCUGGAGGUCAAGAAACCUGGUGGCAGCGAGACAGGAUUCCGACUGAAUUUGUUCACAACUGACGAGGAGGAAGAACACGCUGCAUUGACUAGACCAGAGGAGUUAUCUUACAAGGUUAUCAACAUAGAAGCCACGCAGGAGCCGGGGCGGCGGGCGGAGCUCUCCCGCAUCCUGGGGGAGCUGGAGGUGGCGGAGCCGCGCCCGGCGAGCUCCGGGAAGGGCGAGGACCUGCUGGCGCUGAUGGACGGGCUCUGAGCGAUAUUAAAGGCCUGCGCACAGCCCGGCUGCGGGCGGG